GUGAGUUCAGUGCUUGGAGACAGGGUCCCGACGAUGCAGGACGCUACUAACCUACCGUAUACCAACGCCACCAUUUACGAAACACUGCGCAUGGCGUGCCCAGCGGGGCAGCUCGUUCCGCACGCAACGCAGAAGGAUGUCAAUUUUGAAGGUUAUGAUAUCAGAAAGAGUACGGUCGUUUUUGGCAAUAUUUGGGGGCUGCAUCAUGAUGAGCGCUACUGGGAGCAUCCUGAUAGGUUUAACCCAGACCGAUUCUUAGACAGUGAUGGGCAGCUGGACAUCAACAAAGACUCGUACUUUCCGUUUGGUCUUGGAAAAAGGCGAUGUCCAGGUGAAGGAUUUGCUAAGAAGGUGA